GCGUUGCCACUUCUCCACGCAAAUUACGGGCCCACGUUGACGUGGCAAGAUCACAACCCUACACUGACGGUGAAUCGUGAUGAUUCAUGAUGGAUCAUCCUCUCUAUGGAGGGGUCCGAUUUUCUCUGCCUCAAAGGCGAAAAUCCUUUUAACUUUGAAUAUGUGUCGAAAAAAUUUUUGGCUGAUAAAUUAUGUGAUUUUUUUUGGUAUGUUUUUAAAUUCAAUCGCCCGAAAAUCUCAUGGCAAAAGUACAAGCUUUUAUACUGAUUUUGUACUCAUCUCAUCUUGUUAAAAAAAAGAAAAGAAGUGACAAAAAUCAUUUAAAAAAAAGGUUUUAGGCAUAGCGGAUCUACCUCGUCUUUGGAGGCGGGAAAGUUGUAAAGCUUAGCAGCGAUAUGGCGGGAACGUAUCCCCCACGAAAUCCACCAGAUUGAAAUCGGGCUCCUCUCUCUCUCUCUCUCUCUCUCUCUCUCUGUUUCUUUUGUAUGUCUUUUAAGAUGGGGAAAAGAAAACAAACAAGGGUUUCCGAAGAGAAGGAAGAGCAAGAGCACCAGGAGGAUGUCAACGCAUCUUCUUCUUCAACUGAGAAGAGCUUGUAUGAGGUUCUGGGCGUGGAGAAGACAGCAUCUCAACAAGAAAUCAAGAAAGCAUAUUAUAAAUUGGCAUUACGAUUGCAUCCUGAUAAGAAUCCUGGGGAUGAGGCUGCAAAAGAGAAGUUUCAGCAGCUGCAGAAGGUGAUCUCAAUUCUUGGUGAUGAGGAGAAAAGGGCACUCUAUGAUCAGACUGGUUGUGUUGAUGAUGCUGACCUCUCGGGAGAGGCUGUCAACAAUUUGAAGGAGUUUUUCCGAACCAUGUACAAGAAGGUCACUGAAGCUGAUAUUGAAGAGUUUGAAGCAAAUUAUAGAGGAUCUGAUUCGGAGAAGAAUGAUUUGAUUGAGUUGUAUAAUAAGUACAAGGGUCACAUGAACAGGCUCUUCUGUUCAAUGCUCUGCUCGGAUCCCAAGUUGGACUCGCAUCGAUUCAAGGAUAUUCUUGACGAGGCAAUAGCUUCAGGAGAUCUGCAGUCAACCAAAGCAUAUCAGAAAUGGGCUGAGCAAGUAUCUGCAACGAAACCUCCAACUAGUCCUUUAAGACGGAGAGAUAAGUCGAAGAAAGAAUCUGAAGAUUUAUAUGCAAUCAUUUCUCAGCGUCGAAACCAGAGGAAAGAGCAAUUUGUUUCCUUCUUCUCAUUUAUAGUUUCCAAGUAUGGCGGAGGCGAAGGACCUUCAGAACCCACCGAAGAAGAAUUCGAAGCUGCACAAAGGAAGGUUGUAUCGAAAAAGGCAUCCGGGAAGGCCAAACGGAAGUAACUUGGCAUUGUAAAAGGAUUCCAAUCACUCUCCUUUUUUGCCUGCAAAACCUCAAUUUAUGUGGAUUUAUGUCCAAAAUGUCCUUAUCUGUGUGUAAAAGAAGUCUUGUUUUUUGGGUACCACAUUUUCACUCAGUAUGCGUUAAUUGGUUGUAAUGGCGAGAUGAAGUUGGAGAUCAAAGUGUGCAACUACUUGGGUUGGGUCAACCGUCAUAAAAUUAGUCUAUGCACAAAUGUAGU